AUGCGAAGGGUGACAAUGCUUUGGGAUGAGUUUGUGGAAGUAAUUAUUAACCGAUUCUUUCCUUUGGAGCUGAGGAAAGCUAAAGUAGAGGAUUUCAUGAACCUUAAGCAGGAUGAUCUAGUGCUUGAGUGUCAGGGAGCUAUGCUGAAUAGGGAUAUAGACUUUGCUAGACUGUCAGUCCACAUGCAAAAAGUUGAGGAGAAGAAGAAGAAGAUAGCCAAAUCUAGGGAAAAUAACAGCCAGACCAUAUCCAGAGAGACUGCCCAGCUACAAGGAAUAAUGUUGGAGGAGCCAAGUCUUUGGGCAAAUUCUUCUGCACCACCACCACCUGAGAAGGGUAGCUUUUCAGACGCUAGCCCAAGAGGUCACCGCAAAUGUUCAGGACAACCAGGCCGUAAAUCCACACCAACAGGGAGGUUGAAAGAUAUUACGUAUGACUGGGUUGUUGCUUUGAGGAAGAAUAGAGGGGAAGAUGAUGCUCCCGUUACUUGUUGUGGAAAGAUAGGCCACAGACUUAGUGAGUGCCCAUAUGCAAGGCAGGGGAGCAGAGAUAAUCGAUCUCAGGCACAGGCCACUAGUACACCAACUUCCGCAGCCCGUCCUGUUCCUCCACAGGGUGCUUCUUCUAGCACUGUUGAUGGUCAGCGCCAGAAUAGAUUCUGUGACUUAAUUUCCCACCAAGAGAAGAAGGAUUCUCCCGACAUUAUUACUGCUAUGCUUCUUGUAUUUCACUUUGAUGUCUAUGUGUUGCUGAAACCUAGGUCAAGUUUUUCUUAUGUGACCCCACUUGUGGCUAUGAACUUUAAG